AUGUCAACGGGGAUAACAUUCGCAUCGAUUAUUAUUUUACUUGUAGUAAAAGAGUUGAAUGAGCGGUACAAGAAGAAAAUACGUACCGUAAUUCCAAUUGAACUAAUUUUGGUAAUUUUUGGUACAUUGAUAUCAUAUUUGGUGAAACUUCAUGAUCGACACGGCGUUUCGAUAGUUGGUCCCGUUAAGCGUGGUCUACCUUCACCAACUGUACCAGCUUUUACUAAUAUUUCUUCUUUGCUUGUAUCGGCUAUUACGAUUACUGUUGUCAGCCUAUGCCUCAAUAUUUCUGUGGCUAAAAUGUUUGCCCGAAAGUAUGACUACAAAGUACGCUCGAAUCAGGAACUACUUGCUUAUGGAUUGGGAAACAUUUUUUCAUCCUUUUUUCAAUGCUUUCCAAGUUCGGGCUCAUUGAGUCGUUCAAUGGUACAAGGAGAAAGCGGUGGAAAAACGGCACUGAUUGGUGGUUUUUCUUCUGUGAUUUUAGCUGUCGUCAUACUAGCAUUGGCACCUCUUCUUGAAUCUCUUCCUAUGCCUUGUUUAGCCGGUAUCAUCAUCGUCAAUCUUAAAGGACUCUUGUUUAAAGUCACCGACUUCGCUUAUUACUAUCGUAUUAGUAUGAUGGAAGCCGUAAGUUGA